UUUCCCGGCAGCCGCGGCUGAGGAGCGGCCCCGGCGCUGUGCCCGGCCCGGGCAGGAGGCCAAGGAGCCGCUGCUGCUGCCCCGAACCGCCGGGAGCUCGGCGUGACCGGGACCUGAGGGCGCUGGGAGCUGGGGAUUUUUCAUUCCCAGGGCGUGUGUGGAUGGAGGAUGAGGAAAAGCCCUGGAGAUUUCGCACAAGGAGGGGCUGCAAACCCAGCACAGGGAGCUGCGGGGAGGAAAGAGCCCCCCUGAGCCAGGAAGGCGGCCAAAGAUCCAGCCAGAGCUCAGAGCUGGUGGAGAAGCCUCAUGGCAGGGAGAAGCCCCACAAGUGCUUGGAAUGUGGGAAGGGCUUCAGGUGGAACUCCAACCUGAUCCAGCACCAGAAGACCCACACUGGGGAAAAGCCCUACGAGUGUGGGGAAUGUGGGAAGUAUUUCAGCCGGAGCUCAACCCUGAUCCGGCACCAGGAGAGCCACACUGGGGAACGGCCCUUUGAGUGUGGGGAGUGUGGGAAGAGCUUCAGAGACUGCUCUGACCUGAUCCGGCACCAGAGGAUCCACACUGGGGAACGGCCCUACGAGUGUGGGGAGUGUGGGAAGAGUUUCAGCCAGAGCUCCCAACUGAUUCGGCACCAGAUGAUCCACACUGGUGAAAAGCCCUAUGAGUGUGGGAAAUGUGGGAAGAGUUUCAGGCAGUGCUCUGGCCUGAUGAGACACCAGGUGAUCCACACUGGGGAACAGCCCUACACCUGCUUGGAAUGUGGGAAGAGCUUUGGGUGGAGCUCCACCCUGAGAACACACCAGCGCAUCCACACCGGGGAGAGGCCCUAUCAGUGUCCUGAGUGUGGGAAGAAGUUUCAUGUCAGCUCCGAUCUCGUCAAACAUGAGCAGAUUCACACCGAGGAGAGGCCCUUCCGCUGCCCCGACUGCGGGAAGGGCUUCAAGCGCAAUUCCACUCUCACCACCCACCGGCGCAUCCACACCGGGGAGAGGCCCUACGGGUGUCCUGAAUGUGGAAAGAGCUUCUCCAGGAGCUCAGCCUUGACCCAACACCAACAGAGGCACCACUGAGGGAAGCCCUGUGAGUGUCCUGAGUUCAGGAAAAGCUUUGUGUGCUGCUCCAGCUCCAUCCCCCAUUGGUGGAUCCAUGUUGGAUGAUCCCCAGUGACCGUUGUUGGGCAGAUCCGUGGUGACCCCUUAUGGGGCAUAAAACAGAGAGUACAGAGGAACUGAUAAAGGGGCCUGUUAUCUUAGGUCUGAGCGAGCAGAAAGUGUGGGAAAAACAGACACAGAUAAAGCCUCCCUGGGCAGCAAGUGACCAAGCAACAUGUGAGAUUUUGGUAAGAUAAUGUUACCAGGUGACAUGAUGUCAUGAAGAAUGUGUAACCAAUGGGAAAAUGUUACCAAAAAUAGAGCCCCAUAUAACUACCAUGCAAGUGAAACCCUAUAUAAACCUCUGGUAUACUCUAUAAAAUUGGCUUCUGAUCUAAACUCGGAUGUCCCCAUCUCUCCAUUGUCGAUAGCCCCUGUUCUGGGUGAUCCCCGUUGGGUGGGGGGAAGGUGUUGGAGAGAUUUUUUCCCUUCUCCUUGUGCUGCUGUGAUUUGGUUGGUAAUAAAUUCCGUCCUUGUGCCCAGGCUGGCUCUGUUGUCCCCGUGCUGGUGCUGUGGGCAGGAUCUCUCCCUUUCCUUCUCUCUUCUGUGCCACUCCUCAGCCAAUCAGAGAAUGCGAUGAACAGGAAUCAGCCCAUCAGAGAGAGCAGGGCUGAUGACUCACUUGCCGAGCAGAUCCGCAGCACCCAGUGUUCCCCACCUGGCCCCCACCGUCCCUACCCAGUCACAGCCCCCCUUGCGGGGUCCCCCCAAGUCCCUCGCCAGUGCCCCCCAUAAACUGGACUGUGUUUAACUGGGAAGAUUUACUGGGAACACUGGGAGCAGCCAGGUGGGGGCAGAGCGACAGCGGGGCUUGGGGGACACACGACCCACCCCCAAAAUCAACACGGGUAUGGAGCAGGAGGUCCUGGCCGGGCCCGAGGCCACGGGGAUCUGUUUUCCCUUCUCUAAAUUUUCAGUGUGAGGUGCCCUGAUAAACCAAACACCAUUUGUUUUUUCUGAUUUCUCCUCCAGGAUUUUACAGGUCCAUAUUGUCUACUGUAAUUAAUCUAAUCUACUGCAACCUCACUCCAUGUCCAAACUUUACGGCUACUGGCAGGUGAAUUAGAUUGAGAAGCUGGGGCCUGUGAGGGGAUGGAGUAUGGAGUGAAACCAGAGUCAGUAGAUCCAGUUUGGUUGGUGAGGUUACCAAGGAAUCUACCUCGUCUCUCUAUGGGACCCAAGGCCAUGAUGGUUUUCUGUAAAGUAAUUGCUGUACAUUUAGGUGUUCUGGAAGCCCUCGAAUUAAAGAAGUAAUAAUUUCAGGCUUUACAGGUAAUUGCAUUGGUGACUGAAAACCAGGAAUCAACUUUUAUUCCAUGAAUCAUUUGCAGGCAGGUGGCUUUGUGGAUGCUUUUCAAAACUGGGUCGAGGGUACUGACUAUAGCUAAAGGGUCUCCCCUUUCCAAAGUAUUAAUUCCCCUGGCCCAGAAAGCUGCACAUUGUGUCAGGGACCAUGUGUCACGCUUAUCUCCUGUUGUUAAGAAAACUCCAUGUCCCCAGUACCCACUAGCCUCCUGUUCAGUUAAUUUAAUUUGAUCUCCACCACUGAGGGACACUCAGAAGACAUAUUCUUCUCCGAUAUUUGUGGAAGGCGGCCAUAUUUUUUCUUCAGCUUAGCUAAUUCGGUAGCACUGAAUGGUAUUUGUUCAGUUGUGAUAUGUGGUUCAAAAUCUUCAUCAUUAAUAUAACUAUAUUCUGUUUUAACCAGGAGUCUCAAAUGAGGGCAGCAGUUUUCUCCACAGUGUUUUACUGCUUCUAGUUCCUUAUGGGGAUAAAUCUGUUUAAUGUGAGGAGUUUCUUUUCCUCUGCCUGUGUUGAGGAAUCAGCAUUCAGUGAAUUCUUAACAUGUUCCUCUCUAAGGGCAGCUCGUAACAGA